CUGUUCAGCGAAUACGUCGACGGUUGUUGGGCCUCUUCGUUCGACGACGUAACGAUGCCUCGACGAGACCCGAAUAGAGCGAGAGAGAGAGAGAGAGAGAGAGAGAGAGGAGAGAAAUGAGGAGAGGAGAGAGACGGAGAGAUCACGUCGCCCCCGCUGGAUCCGUCAUCACGCAUUGUCGAGCUUCUCCAUGGUGCCGCAGUUUAGUGCUAGAAGAUUGAAGCCGGAGGGUCGGAGGGUCGGUUCAUCGUCGAGUUCAUUGUGCCUCGAGUGCCUUCCGACGUUUCGACCCAGCCGCAUGUCGUGGUGCGUUGUUGCGUCUGUGUCGUGCUUUCCCGAUGUUGUGAUCCUCCGCAUGGUACGGAAGCUGCGUUUUGUGCUUUGGAAAAGUUAGCCGAUAAAACGGAAAAUCGGACGAAAUCAACACCUCGACGUAACAAGUUGUCUGAGCUUUCGAUUAAAGGAGGUGAAUCCUUGCCGAACGGUUUCUGUUAACAGUUCUGGCGGUGUCUGAUAGACGGAGAUAUGGCGAAGCGAAGCGGUCACACGACCCAUCCGGUGUUGGCUGUCUGCAGUCGUUAGCUUCGAAAUCCGAUACCGUACACUUCAUGCACGUCGAUCGCACUUCGCCCAGUGACGUGUGGAAUAAAAACGCUCGUCUCAAACCGUCGUGGCUGGAAGGAUAACAUCGUUAUCAAGGUGCACUUCGGUUACCUUUCCAAGAUGCUCGGUUCCGGGAUUCUGGACAGUCUUCGUAUCGUCCUAACAGUCUUGGCAGCCUUGCCGUUGGCGAAUUCCUUGUCCGGUGAUCACGUCUGCAACAGGAUUGAAAACUACACCCUCACUGCCAAAGAAACUUACACGGAGCCUGUCAUGGUACAAACGUUCACAUGGUGUCUCCAGGUUCCUCCGAGGUGUGAAAAGACGCGGAUUGAAAUGAGGGAACGAUAUCGAAUCAAGACCAACGUCGAGCAAAGAUCGAUAUCGGAAUGCUGCGAGGGAUACGUGAUCCAGGAACUGCAUGGCGAGGCUGAGGCCGAACCGAAAUGCAUACCAUUUUGCAAUUCUUGCAAAAACGGACUAUGCCUGGCGCCAAAUUUUUGCCAGUGCGAAUCCGGCUAUCAAGGCGACAGCUGCGCUCAUCAAUGUCCACCAGGAUCUUGGGGCAAGCAAUGCAUGCAACAGUGCGACUGCGCGUCGGGAGAAUCCUGCAAUCCAGUUAGUGGGAUCUGCGAGUGUCCCGCAGGAUGGCAAGGACCUGGCUGCAAACUUGCCUGUCCCGAGGGUCGAUGGGGAUUCCGUUGCGAGUCGGUUUGCAACUGCGUCGAAAAGUACCCGUCAUGCGAUCCGGAAACGGGAAUUUGUCGAUUUUCUAGAAUCGACACACCGCAAACAGUCCUUCCGCAAAAUUGGACCCAGGGAGAUCUCUUCCGAGCUAUUCAAGUUUCCGGCUUAAUCCAGACGGAAACUUCGACGUCACCAGUUUCCGGGGACGCCAGCGAAGCUGCGAAAACGGAAACUGGCAUCGCGACAAGGAUUUCCAGGACUACGGAGCACGUCGAAGAAAACGUUGUCGCCGUUUCCGAAGUUUCGUUUCCCUUGCCGUAUUUUACCGUGGCGAGACCGGAAGACGGGCUUCGUUAUGCGAACGCCGAAGAUGGCGGCUCGGACUCGUCGUCGACGGUGAAAAAGGCGGCGUCACCUCAUCCCGGUUACGUGAAAUCCCUGCAAAAAGUGAUUUUUUUAUCCACAGAACAGGAAGAUACCCAAUCGCCGCACGACGUCACCUUGCUGAUUGUUGUCGGGUCGAUUGUUUCCCUGUGUCUAACCACCCUCGCUGCCCUCGUGGUGUUCUACAUGAGAUCGAAACUCUUCGAGUCCAUUCCUCUCUCGAUAUACAGCAGCGAUAAGAAGGAAGCUUCGACACCGGAGAAGUGCGACAACGCGAAGAGCCUGAAGAUAACAAACACGACGCUUCCUCCUCUACCGACUUUCGUCAAUCCAGUAUUUGCCACGAAUCCUGAGACCGCUUUGAUAACCUUCGACGCCUCCGAGCUGAACAAACACUACGACAACAGGACGGGAACCAUCAGCAUUCGUGUCUCUGGCAACAUCCGAGAUCUCCUGGAAAGCCAUUAUGACAGGCCACCGACGUCGGCAUGUCGCCACAACGCUUUGGACCAGAACACGGAACAUGUUUACGACGAGAUUCCACUCACCGUUCCAUUGUGCGUGCAAAAAGAGGCAUAGCUUGAUUUAUUCAUGCCUAAAAACUGCCAAAAAUGAAACCAAAAAACCAUAAAAGAUUUCGAGGAAAUGUUGUGCUUUAAUGUAAACUCCGAGGGAAAUUUAAACAAGAGAUUAACGAAUAAGAUAACAGUAACGCAUAUGUAAGAGGCUCGUAAUCUUCAACUCUCUGAGCGUUAUUUAUAAUAUUAUGUAAAUGUUUACCGUUAGCUUGAUAAGCAUUAUGAAAUACUUGAAAGUACUUUGACAUAUAUGUAUACGAAUCCGAUAUAACCAGUGCGGAUUGUGCGUUUUCGGUUAACCCCAGAAUUUCUGUGUGGCGAUAAUGUUAUGAACAUCAUUAUUUAUUAUCAACGUGACGGUGCGUCGGGUUAGGACAAAUACUUUUUGCGCAAAUCGCAAACACAUUCGUGCACGGAUUACAAAGAAGAAAUCUAUCGGGAUGACAGAUAAUUUUGUUUUAGAAUUAGCUGUAUACGUAGUUCUGAUAAUCUGUUCCUCGUAAUCGGGGUCAGACCUGAUGAUUGGAGCCAGCUGGUCAAAGAUCAACGCAAAAGGUUACUUGGUAAACACGGUGAUAACCUUUUGCGAUAACAUCGUGUUAUCUGAGGCAAGUAUGUGAACCGUUGCUCAUUUUUUAAAGCCUCUUUCGCGGUAUUUAAUGAACAUAUUUUUUGGUAACUAGGUUUGUAUAUCCAUAUAUUAUACACGUACAUACAAUGUACUAUACAGGAA